AUGUCUAUUGAUCAUAUCAGUAUUAGUACUCCAGCAGCAGAAUACGAUAAGACGUUGUUAUUCUAUGAGAACGUUCUAUCUACAUUAGGAUAUAAAAGGUUGUAUACCAUUGACAAUAAAGCGGCUGGGUUUGGUCAUCGAUACCCUGCAUUCUGGGUGGGUGCAGCUAAUCCCAGUCAUAAUAUAAUACUUGAGUCUCGCCAGCAUGAUCGUCGUAGUGGUAAUCAUAUUGCAUUUGUGGCUAAAUCACGCACCGCAGUCGAUGAAUUUUAUCGUGUAGCAUUGAUCAAUGGUGCCAAAGAUAAUGGAGCACCAGGUUUUCGGCCACAGUAUCAUAGAUUUUAUUAUGGAGCAUUUGUGAUUGAUGCCGAUGGUAAUAAUAUUGAAGCUGUCAAUCAUUUUGAUUGGCGAACGUUCAUUGGAUGGAAAUCACUAGCAACAAUAACAACCAUAACAGCAUUAAUCGUUGGAGUACUCAUUACACAGCAAUUCACGUAG